UCUCUUUGAAUGGUGGAGUUUGCUUAAAGAAAUAUUUAAUGAAAUUAAAAAACACAAAACUAAAGUCGGUGUAGAUAAAUACAAGACUUAAAAAAAUACGUAAUUAAUGACCUGUAUAAAUGUAUGUAUCUAUAUAUCUCAACUUAAAUGACGACUUUAUCCCUUUCCAAGUCCCAUUAGGAGAAGUUAUUUUUAAACCAUAAACCCACACGUUAAAGUCACCGCCUUUCUCGUAGCCAAUAUAAAAAUGAUAAGGGAGGAAGAAACGCCCAACUCAACAAAGCAGAAGAAGAACCCACAAAGACUCCACCUUCACAAUGGAUGAAAUGGACGCUGUUCUACAACUCAUUCGACUCACCCGGGACAGAAAACUGAAAAACGAAGAAGAACAAAGCACAGGCGACUCUACUGCUGAUUUAUCUUUCUCAUCCAUGAUUCGGAAAAUCCGGGACAAAAAGCUUGGAAGCAUUGGCAUGGAUAUACAUCGGAUAAUGAAGCCUUUGAUCGAUAAGCAUGGUCGAAGUAGAAGAACCAUGAAUGCUGGGGACAUGACACAGCCAGAUAUGGAAGCUGCUCAUCAGUUGCUUCAGCUUUGUGACAAUUCCAAUAGAUACACAUACAAGGACGUAAAAGCCAAAGAAGAAGAAGAAGAAAGCAACAGCGACACAAGUUACAUAACUGAUGAUUCAUCUCCAGCCAUGGAAACAAACCUAGCGGCUCAACAGAUUAUGCAGCUUAGCAGAAACUCCGAUAGCAAAGACACAGAAGAGAGAGAAGAAGAAGCGAAAGGCGGAGGAGAAGAAGAAAGCAAAAGCAAUACAUCUUCUGUCAUAAAAGGAGGUGUUUUCAUGAAGGGAUGCGAAGCUUUCUGCCCAAGAAAGAGGAAGUUCCGGUCUAUUGUUGACAUAUAUAGGACCACAAAGCCUUUUGACUAAUAAAGUGAGACUUUUGUAAU